GCUAAUCCAUUCACCAAAUGGCGGCCAUUUUCUCUCUCUCCUCUCGGCUCUUCUCUCUUCUUCCGCCAACAAAAGAAAACACGACACCACUCUCCUCUCCUCUCACCUCUUUCUCUUCUCUCUACCUCCUCUGAGACGAGAAGAAAGAACAAAAAAAAACUCUUCCCCUGAAAUGCAAACAAACACCACGAAACAAACCCCCUCUUUCUCUCCUCGAUUCUGGAAAACAACGAAAAAAACCCGGAAGGACAAUCAGCGACGGCGGCGGUGAUGAGGCAUACUCCGACGGCGGCGGCGACGUCGACUAGGAAGGAAUUCGAAGACGGAGGGAGAAUAGAUGGUUCGGCGGUCCUGGGUCCCGUCAGCAGCUACAGUAACCAAGGAGGACUCGGCGGCGACAAUUGCAGCAAGGGUAAGGGGUCGACUCCUCUAAGUUUGCAUAGGACGAGAGGGAAAGCGGGUGGCGUCGCCGCCGUCUCUCUGUCCGCCGGCGGCGGACACAACAUAAGAAACGACGAUAGGAGUGGAUAGAUAUGGUUUUUGAAUUUGACAGAUCUAGGUAAGGUUUCUAAACUUAGCGUGGUAUGACUAGGGAUCUGAAACUAAAACAAGAAAAGGAUUGUGUUGCGGUUAGAAUUGGUUUACAGAUCUAUGGAUUGGAAUUAUGUUGUGUAUGUGUUUAAUGAUCUCAAUUCUGAAAUUUUGAUGGUUUGGUGGAUGGUUUUAGAUGCAAAUCUUGAUAUGUUGGAAUUUGCUAAAAAAACGUUUUUGUAAUGGGUUCAUGGUUUGUUCUUAUCCUAUAAGAUGUAUCAAAAGGCCCAAUGACUUUGACUUUAAUAAGUUCACCUUGAUCUGAUUGGUGCCCCAAACUUCGUAGAGUUCGUGUUUGUCCUUGUAAUUAAUUCUAAUCUUUGCUUUAUUUAGAGGUCAUUACUCAACUUGUACAAUGUAUCAACUUUGAGAAUAGAGCUUAUUGACACGC